CGGACCGGGCGCUGCGGGGCUGGGCGGCCACGGCGCCCGCCCGCCUGCUGCUGCUGGGGGUGAUAAGCGGCUGCGGGCGGUGGGGAGGCACCGCACCUUCCUCCUCCUCCUCCUCUCCUCCUCCUCCUCUCCUCCUCCUCCGCCUGACGUCAGCCCGCGGCCCCGCUCAGUCUCGGGCGGCCGGCGGCGGGCAUGGCUGGGGGGCGGCGGCCGGCGGGGCUCGCCCUGGGCUGGGGCUGCUGCCUGCUGCUCUGCUGCGCUGCAGCCAGCAAGCUGGAGAUCUCCAUGCCAGCCGUGGUGGAGGUGGAGAUCGGGGGCACAGCCAGGAUCGAGUGCAACUUCUCCAUCCCUGAGAACACUUCCGUCACCUACCUCGACUGGUUCUACGUGGACCGCAGCAACCGGCAGGUGAGGCUGUACCACGUCACGGCCGACGAGGUCCUGCAGGACGACACGGACUACAAGAAGCGGCUGUCCCUGGGGAGGGACAAGGCGCUGUCCCUCAGCGCGGUGACGGUGCAGGACGCCAGGACCUUCGUGUGCCAGGUCGGAGCUGGCAGCUACGGCGUGGGCGAGAGCAGCACCGAGCUCAGCGUCUACAAGGUCCCCAAGACCCCUGAGAUUGAGCCCAACCCGGGAGGCAUCCCUGUGGACAGCACUGAAAUCCCACAGAUCGCCAGGUGCGUGAGCAAGAACAGCUUCCCAUCUCCCAACAUCACGUGGCACAAGAACGGGGAGCAGCUGCACGCGCAGGAGGACAAGGUGACAAUCCAGUCGACGGUGAUCCGCGAGUCGAGCGGGCUGUACACGGUGAGCAGCACGCUGUACGCGGCCGUCAUGCGUGAGGACCGCCACUCCCGCUACCACUGCACCGUGCACUACUGGCUGCAGGGACAGAGGCACGCCCUGGAGUCACGGGGGGUCAAGGUCAACAUCUUCUACCCCACCGAGCACCUGAAGCUGCAGGUGGUGUCGUCCUCGGCGCUGGUGAAGGAAGGGGACAAUGUGACGCUGGUCUGCGAGGCUGAUGGGAACCCACAGCCCGUCUUCAGCUUCUUUAAAAAAAACCGGGAUGAGUGGCAGGAUCUGUCGUCGCUGGCAGAGCCCGACAGCGGGGUCCUGAACCUGCACGACGUGGACAAGAGCAGCAGUGGCACGUACAGGUGCCAGUCCCUGGACCUGGAUGACAUGUCACAGAUAGAGGAGGACGUGGAUCUUGUCGUGAACUACAUUGAAGGGGUCCAUGUGAAGAUGGAGCCAUCCUCAACCCUCCGUGAAGGGGACAGCGUGACGCUGAGCUGUAACGCCUCCAGCCCCGUGGACCUGAAGUACCAGUGGAGGGAUGACAAGGGCGCGCAUCUGGUGGAAGGGAGGAAGCUCUUCCUGAGCAACCUCACCUUCGAAAACUCCAACACCUUCAGCUGCAAGGUGAUGGCCCCGACCGUGCCGGGGCUGGAGCAGAGCAAGAAGGUGUCCGUGGCUGUCGAGGGGAAGCCGCGGAUCGUGGCCAUCAGCUCCCCGCUGUACGUGCGCCAGGACCAGCUGAUCAACCUGACCUGCAAGGCCAUCGCCUUCCCCCGGCCCACGGUGCAGUGGAGCAUCAACGGCACGGCUCACGAGUACAUGGACAACCAGCACAUUGCCAGCAACCUGACCGUGCGUGUGAACCACGACCUGCUGCGGGCAGGAGCCAUGUGCAGGGUGUCCAACAAGCUGGGGGUCAGUGAGAAGCACAUCCAGCUGGUGGAUCAAAAGUCAACAGCAGAGAGCCAAGGGGUGAUCAUCGUGGCCAUCAUCGUGGCCAUCCUUGUGGUGGCUGUGCUGGGUGCUGUCAUCUACUUCCUGCACAAGAAAGGCAAGAUCCCGUGUGGCCGAGCAGGCAAGCAGGACAUCACAAAGCCAGAGGCCCGUAAAGACAAGAUUGUAGUUGAAGUUAAGUCAGAUAAACUUUCCGAAGAGGCGGGGCUCCUGCAGGGCGCCAACGGCGAGAAGAGAGCCGCAGCUGACCAGAGCGAGAAAUACAUCGAUCUGAGAAACUAGAGAGGAGACCCACUAAGUGCUUUCUUCCUUCAAACCUUUCCUGCUCUUGGAUUGCCUUCUCCCACCCCUGCUCCAGCCCCUGGGGAGCACGGCCAGAGGCCACCCGAGUGUCACCGUGCUGGGGACACCUCCCUGACUCACCUGGCCAUUACCUCAGCCCUGGGCUUGCAGGUGUUGCCUUAGCAGCAAAGCUGGACUCGCUUUACUACUCCAGAGAAGCCACAGCAAUAUUAGGAAGAACUAUAUCCCAUUAAUCCCUGCUUGGUGGAAGGAUUUGAGGCUCUUUCAGGUAAUCUGUUCUGUACAUGUUGUGGGGAGGUUUCGACGCUUUCUUUUUACCCUGACCUUGCUCAGAGAGGCUGGUGAAAUUUGGUUUUUGGGAUGUCUGAGGCACCUUAGGUGUAAUGGGUGCAGGUUGGAGGAGAGAAGAGUGGAAAAGAGGGGUGUGCUAGAGAGGUGUUGGCAGCUUCUGAGAGGUUCUGAGUGCUUUGUUUUGUCUUUGAACCGUUCCUGGGUUGGUUUGUCCAGCAGUGCUGAGAUCCCACAGGAGCAGAGGACGUGGCAGGGCAAGGCAGGGGUGCCAGAAGGGCAUUGGGGUGUCUGGUUUGGAGGGGCAGGGCUCCCCUCUCCCCUCUGAAUUGUAGGGACGCUGCCCAGCUGCUGCGACAGCAGCACCCACAUCUCCCUCAGAUUUAAAUUUAAAUUAAAAAUCAGCCAGGGCCAGUCAGUGACGUCUCAGGGUUUUUCGUGCUCAGCAUUGCCAGUGCCAGGUCCAGCUCCUCUCUGUGCUUCUCUGGCUCCGCAGUGAGGAGGGGAGAGGGGCAAGAACCUGCCAGGAGCUCCCUCCUGCCCUGCCCCACCUCAGAGCCCCUCGUGCCUCUCAAUCACCCCCCGAGCUCUGCUGCCCACCAGCCUCUGUCCCCUGGGUGUCCCAGCCCUGCUACACGUGGUGUCCGAGCAAAAGCUUUGGUUUAUAUAUAUAUAUUUUCGUUGGAUUGUGUGUACAUAUCCAGGAGUUUUGUUUCGGUUUGUUGUUUGUUUCAUUUUUUUUCUUUUUUUUUUUCUUUUUUUGUCCGAUACUUGCGAGGUUUGUUGUUUUGGUUUUUUUUAUAUAUAUGUGAAAAUAAAGUACGGAUUCAAAGCUGA